AUGGUGGCUCGUGCAAACGGGUUAUUAGUUCCGGAGGAGGAGCAGCUGGAGGCAAUAUCCAAAUUCACAGGUGUAUCCAGUUACCCUCGCGCCUUGGUGAUGCCUCGAGAUCGCCACGACAACAACAAGACAGAUAUCACCAAGAUCAAGGUCUUCCCUACUCGUGACGAAAUUCUGAGCGAUGAAGCAGAUUUCUUGCCGUCUACCGACUUAGACUCACAUCAUUUUCUUGCCGACCAAGCCGAACGUCAUAUCGACACCCACUUCCGUCUCCUUCGUCACGACACAUUUGGUGAACUGAAGGACGUCCUUGGGGGCGUGAUACAUGCUGUCGAGAACGACCAGAACCAUCCCAGACUUGACUUUGGCGAUUUCCGAGCUUACCAGUACCUUGGUGCCAACAUCAGCUAUAUUUCCUUCGACAAGCGCCGAGGCUUGGAGAUGCAGUUAUCCUUUGCGCAGCCUCCCGCUUUGCGCAAGGAACGCCCCUUAGAACGACGGAAGUGGUGGGAAGCGUCCAAACGGCUUUCCGAGGGCGUCCUCCUCUCCUUCAUCUCGGUCAAUGAGGUUCAGCAUUUGUUCUUCACCGUGAGUGAGAGAAUUACAGACACAAGCAAAGCUCAUAGUCUCACCCACAAAGACUAUCAAGCCACUAUUACUGCAAAGUUGGCGAGUCACGAUCAGAUGAGUGUUGAGGCCGCAACUCGAUUGAGCUACAAAAAGGCGAGAGGAGUGCUGAUAGAGUUCCCUGGAGUUUUGCCGGCCACCUUCACCCCAAUACUUGAGAACUUGCAGGACAUGCAGCGGCAUAGCCGGUUGCCCUUCCGUCAGUGGAUUGUUCCGGAUAGGAUCAGUGCCAUCCAGCAAGUCAAGGAUAUCAGUAUUCCCCCUCCGCUCUACGCGCGGCAUCGUGGAUUUGCUUUUGCGUUGGAGCCGAUCAUGAGUCGAGACAAGUUACCUGUUGACAGUAUCUCUAUUGACCCAGCCACCUCCGCAAACGAUCCCACUCUGAUCGAUACGAUGGAAGCUCAAACGGACCUAGAUCGCGGCCAGUGGACCACCCGGAACUGGCAAAUCCUAUCUGGGCGUCCAGUUGAUGAAGGUCCUGAUGCACUGCAAAUAGAAGGCGGAUUUAGGACCCGUCGUGGUUGUAUUGGCAUUCGCAAAAUCGUCCACAUUGGAGGCCAAAGCCAAUCCAGGCUGCUGGAAGACCAUAACCUUCGGAAGGUUUCUCAAGCAGAACCGAAGACAAGGUCGGAGACAUACCUUCUAGCCACGCAAUACGAGGCCUUGGACCUCGAUACAAAGAGGAUUAGAGGAUGUCUCGGGAGGUUGCACGGUGUGCGAAAGGAUGAGAAGUGGCGAAGCCUACAGUACCAUCUUCGGCAAAAUUACCCUCAUAUUCAUGCGCAAUUUCGCCAGAUUGACGAGAAAGGAUUUGAGCUUGUCGGCCGUCAUCCUUUCGAUCUGUGGUUAGCAGCGGGGAAGUCGUCCAUUUCAUCACAGAGCACGGACGAGAUCAAAGUCACGGCAAGCGAGCUUGAUCAUGUUCUCCAGAAGGCGAAAUCAAAUGUACACUCGUUGACUCAACAAGAACGAGACAGACUUGUCAGAUUGUGGACUCAAGAGGCCCAUGAUCAUGCACUAGCCGAGCUCUACGAAAAGGUCAAGGAGACCGACUCCAACCAACACCAAAUAACAAGCAUUCACGAUGAAGUUGAUCGGCGGGUCUUGCAAGAGGCAGAAGUCAUCGGCAUCACCACGACGGGCUUGGCCAGACGCAUUUCCACACUCAAAACGUGUAAGAUGCAAGGUCGUUAUAUGCGAAGAGGCAGGGGAGGUCAUGGAGGCUCACAUGAUAUCCGCCCUGCUUCCGACGAUUGA